AUGGGCUCCGAGCUCGGAAUCACCCCCGACACGAAGCCCGCCGCCGUCUACAGCCCCGUCGCCAUCUGGUGGGUGGUCUGGGGCUGCCUCUGGACCGCCGUCGUUGCGUCCGGCGUCGUCUUUCUCGUUCUCCGCCGCAACUCGCCCAUCCUCCGCGUCCGAAGUCUCUGGCUCUCGCUUGGCGCCAUCGGGUUCCUGCACAUCUACUUCUGGUCCUGCCAGUUUGGCGUCAUGAUCGGCCCGCUCAUGCCCGGGGAUGCCCAGUACUGGAUCAUGGGCACCUGGUUGCCGUGUGGGCUCGCCCUCUUCCACGGCUCGAACAGCUACUUCCUGCAUAUCGCCAAGCUGCAGAAGAAGUACGCCAAGUACAGCUUCCUGACCGACUCCACGCCCGAUGUCAAGCGCCGCCAGGCCGGCUUCCUCAACAGGUUCCGCCGGAUGGAGUACACCACCCGCGUCGUCGUCCUCGUGGGCAUCGCCAUGUUUGUUCAGAUCCUCCUCACCGUCCUCAUGUGGGUGAUUUCGCGCAAGUUCCACCGCGGCUGGGGCGCCCCCGGCACCGAAGUCCACGGCCCCGAGAUGGCGCAGAAGGCCGAGCAGGGCCGCGGCUGGGAGUGGUGGCCUGGUGUCUUCUGGCAGUUCUUCUGGUCCUGGGUCGUCGCCCCUCUGGUCCUGUGGAACUCCCGCCACAUCCACGACACCCAGGGCUGGCGCUCCCAGACCAUCGGCUGUGCCGUGUCGGGCCUGCAUGCGACCCCCAUGUGGCUCAUCGCCCUGUACGUCCCGGCCAUGGAGAAGGUCAAUGCCGUUUGGAUCCCGCCGCAGUGGAUCUGCAUCUCCAUCGUCUUCCUCGAGAUCUUCACCGUCCUCCUCCCCUGCUGGGAGGUCAUGCGCCACCAGUCCCUGCACAAGGACACCCUCGAGGCCAUCAAGCAGUGGGAGGCCCGCACCAAGGGCAACAACUCCGACAACAAGUCGCUCGGCUCGACCGCCACCAUGGUCGACUCCAUGAUGUCCGGCUGGAAGUCCAACAGCGACUCGGUGCUCUCCGACAACUCCGCCCGCGAGAGCAUCCUCAACAUGAGCGCCCUCGAGUACGUCCUCGAGCGCAACCCCACGCCCCUGCAGCGCUUUUCCGCCCUUAACGACUUCUCCGGCGAGAACGUCGCCUUCCUCACCUCCAUCACCGAGUGGAAGUCCCUCCUCCCCAAGGCCCUGCUGGAAGGCGACGAGGCGACCGACGACAUCACCAAGGAGAUGGUCCGCGAGGCCUUCAACCGCGCGCUCUACAUCUACGCCGAGUUCAUUUCCACCGCCCACGCCGAGUUCCCCGUCAACAUUUCCUCUCAGGACCUCAAGAAGCUCGACCUCAUCUUCGAAAUGCCCGCUCGCAUCCUCUACGGCGAUGAAAAAGCCGAGGUCGACCCCGCCACCCCAUUCAACCAGCCCGGCAUGCCCUCGCCCACCUACUCCAACUUCUCCGAGUCCUCCGUCGCCGCCAUCAAGAACCGCGCCCAGUACAUGGGCGACAUCCCCAAGGCUUUCACGGCCGGCGUGUUCGACGACGCAGAGAACAGCAUCAAGUACCUCGUCCUCACCAACACGUGGCCCAAGUUCGUCAAGCGCCAGCGGCGCAUCUCCACCGACUCGACCGAGACGUUACACGUCGAGGGCAACGCCGACUUCGUGUAG